CUACUAAUGAACAGGUUUACCAAUCUGCAUAUAGUCUGUUUGGAUUAAGAGGGAAAACCCCACGAUGACUGCAAAGUGACUGCGCGCCGCGAAGCUGCAGCACUUUGCGAAAUUAAGAGAGAAAGAGAGAGAGAGAGAGAGAGAGAGAGACGGAUUUGAAGCGGAGAUAGCGCCAGAGAGGGGCUGCAGAACACACAGGGUCUGGGUGAAUAUAUAACCAUGGCAACAGCAGCAGCAGCAUCAGCAUCAGAAGCACGAGAAGUGAGGAUAUAACAGUGUGUCCAUAUAUUCGUCCGCAAGCAUCGAUUUUAAUUUGUUUAAAGACUGGAGCUGCAGCCGACCCCUCUGCGGACAUCACACCACAUCACUGCUAAGAUCAACCACUGCAAACACGUCACUUCCUCAUCUUUCACCAAGUGGAGAAAGGAUAUGUCAGCCAGCGUUCCCAUCUGUGCUGAUGCCAAUGGGAGCAACCAGAGGAGGUGGAGGGCAGCCAGAAAUUAUUUUCUCUAAGGUGAUGAGUGGGACUGUAUCAUGUCUGAAGUACAGGGAACGCUGGAGUUUUCUGUAGAACUGCACAAGUUUCAUAAUGUGGAUCUUUUUCAAAGGGGGUUCUAUCAGAUACGAGCAGCACUAAAAGUCUCACCUCGAGUGCCCCACAGGUUGACCGUGACAACAAAUGGCAAUACAGAAGAGUGCAGCUUCAGCUCAGCGGGGGUGUACGACGGCAACGUCUUCAGCCGGAUAUUUCAGAUCCUUUACAGGAAUGAGGAGAUUGCUGUUAAUGACUGCAUGAUCUUCAAAGUCCACCUACUAUUGGAUGGAGAAAGGUUGGAUGAAGUCUUGAGUGAGGUUGACUUUCAGUUGAAGCUGGAUCUUCACUUCACAGACAAUGAGCAACAGUUGGCAGAGAUAGUGACAGUUCCAUUGAUCAGCAGUCGAACUCUAAGCCUCCACUUCCAUCCAUGGCGAGGCCUUCACCAUCACGUCCCAGUGAUGUUCGACUACUUCCACUUGUCUGUCAUUUCUGUCUCUAUACACGCCUCACUGGUUGCUUUACAUCAACCACUAAUCAGCUUUGCACGUACGGGGAAGGGCUCCUGGCUGGGCAAGGGCUCACCAGAGAGUGUGAGUGAUCCAUCUGCUGUUUUUGUAGAGAACCUUGUGUUCGGAGCUGGCUACUGCAAGCCUUUCAUUUCUGAGGGAAGCUUUUAUGUUUCCAGUGAAAACUGCUUGCAGAGAGCUCUUACGUGGCACAGGAGGCUCUGUCGCCUCCUGCUGGCGGCACACAGAGGCCUGCACACCUACAGCAGCACACUGAUGCAAGAAAUCCCACAACUUCAGCAAGUUCCAUUGGAAUCAGAGGUGCAGCCUGUAGAAGAAAUUCUAAAUCAGCUCACCAUAGAGUUACAGCUCCAGGAAGGUCAUGAGAAGGUAGCUGAGCAGAUCUGCAGGGAUGUAAACCAGCUCUGUUUCCAGCUGGCUACUCUGUGGAGCCAUUUCCUGGAGACCGCUGUGCUCAACCCCUACAUCCUGUCCUAUCUGACCCAGGAACAUCACACACUUAGGGUGAGAAGAUUCUCAGAGGCAUAUUUCUUCACCGAACACUCAAAAGAGAUCUGUUUGACGUUUCAAGAAGAACUAAUCAACAGACAUGGCCAGAUAGCAACAGAAGUGCGGAGCUCAGACUACUUGACCAAAAUGCCUCCUUUACCUGUCGAGUGCAUGGACAUCGAUGGAGACUGGAACAGCUUGCCAAUCAUCUUUGAGGACAGAUAUUCAGAGUCUGUGCAGACAGAAACUGUAUCGCAUGUGCCAAUACUUGAAACCACCGAAGAGAAAAUCAUCUCACAAUCACCCGCCCAAAGGAUUUUUCACAGCAACCAGGCCACCAAAUCACCAGCAUUAUACCGGGAUUCCUUGAAAACUAAAGAAUGCACAGAUCUACCUGUGCAUGUCCAAGUCACAGCGGAUCAGAGUCAAAAUGACGUAACAGCUACCCAGGAUCUCAUUUGGACUGAGCACAGUCCCAAACAUUCUGUGGUUGAGGAUCAGAAGUUGAAUGAGCUGGCAGAAAGCCAUGGCAUUGAUGAUAAACACUUUGAUACAGACCCAUUUAAUGAUCUCCCCUCUGAUUGUACUAACAGUGGUAAAGACUCUCCUGUUCUUAAUGGAAAAGAAAAUGUCUCUCUACCUUUUGACGAUGACAACCUUAUCACAACCAGACAGCAAGGACACACUGAAGAUGACUGUGACAUUGCUAUGCCUUUAAAUCCCUCUAUGAAUUAUGACAGCGAAGAUGUUCCUCUUAACAGCUUACUGACCUCCAGUGUGAGUCCUGCUCUACUUCCCUUUCCUGGAGAUCUCAGAAAAGAAAUGAGUCAUAUUGGAGGCUUGGUCAGCUCAAAGAUCAUGAAGCGCUCAUCGUCUGUAAUCUCAGACUCAGGUAUUGAGAGCGAGCCCAGCUCGGUUGCGUGGCCUGUGGAAGCUACACUUCGUGGACGGCCUUCUCUAGAUUUUUCUAGUGAGCGGGAAAUCCCAAAGCAAAUUGUAUUGGACCACCCAGUCCGUCGCAGCUGCCUGGAAGGCCUGCGAAUAGAGAGCAACGGGAGCCUUCCAAGUGGAGGUAUACAGGCCUCUCUCACCUCAAUUAGCUCCCUGCCCUACGAGGAGGAACAGCAACAAAGUAAACUCAGCAAAUUAACUAAGUCGGUUUCUGCACCGCAAAUCAGUAGCCCAGAAGAUGCAGAGGAAGAUCAUGUUCUAAUCAGUUUGGAAAAAGACAGAACAAGCUCAGUGCAGCACCAGGAUUUGUGCACUUUUAACACUAAAAUGCAUUCAGAGCAGACUGAGUUGUUUCGACUAAGCCUAAAUACUAACCACAUUGAUUGGAACAUGGGCUCUGAAAAUUCAAGCUCUCAGCAGGAUCUGCCAGAGACCUCCAGAAGAAAGUCAGUGUUAAGCGGCGUGUCUGAUGUGUUACUUUCCCAAGACUCCGCAGAGAGGCUUAUUGAAAAGGCAAGUAUAGUUAAUGGAAGCCAGAGGAAUGAAAAGAAGCAUCAAACACACAUGAGAGGAGAUCUUGCUUCAGUGGAGGAUGUGCAUCUCCUUGAAUUGGAAGUAGCUCCCUGUAGCUGUGGAAACAAACCAUGUCUGUGUAAAAGUGCAGCAGAGCAGGACAGCAGUAGUUGUGAAGAUGAUUGCCAGAGUUUCCAUCAGAAUGAGCAGGGAGGCAAUGAGGACAGAGGUCUGGAUCCCUCACAGAUGCCCCUGAAACUGUCACAGUCCAAUGAUCUUACCCACAGGACCACCAUCAGGCCAAGUGACCUCACAGGGCUGAAGGUCAUGGAAAUAAUAUCACCUACUAAUCUGAGUGGAGCAUCAACAAGUAAUAAAGACCCUUUGGACCAGACAAAGCCCUCAAAAAUUCCUAACUCCGGGCUGGCCUUUGUGAAUAAGAAGAUGGUAGAGGUGGUAAACAUGUCAGUGUCCUGUGCCCCCACUUGUCUGCCGUUUUCUUCAGUCUUAAGAGACUCUCCUUCUAUCAGUGGAAUAUCUGCUCGGAAGGCUACCUCACCUAUUACCCAUCAGCCUCUGGGCUCCUUCGGUAUCACCUCCUCAUCAUCGCUCAGCCCCUUGGAUGAGGAGACCAAUGAACGGAUGCUAAGUUUCUACAAAGCUAAAGAUGAGCUUCUUAAAGAGUUGAGGUUCCAGGCUAGCUUGUACAGCAACACUCCUCUCCUGGCAUCAGAUCUGCCCUACUUCCCUCCUGAGGAGGAUGAUGAGGAGUUCGAAGACGGCAUACAUCUUGUAGUGUGUGUUCAUGGGCUUGAUGGUAACAGCGCAGACCUUCGGCUGGUCAAGACAUUCAUCGAGCUGGGGCUGCCGGGAUCCAGGCUUGACUUCCUCAUGUCUGAGAGGAAUCAGGCUGAUACGUUUGCAGAUUUUGACACCAUGACAGACAGGCUCCUGGAUGAGAUCAUUCAGCAUAUCCAGCUGUACAAUCUCACCAUUGGCAGGAUAAGCUUCAUCGGCCACUCUCUGGGCAACGUCAUCAUCCGGUCCGUGCUGACGAGGCCCCGCUUCCGCUGCUACCUGCCCAAGCUGCACACCUUCCUCUCGCUGUCGGGCCCACACUUGGGAACGCUGUACAACAACAGCGCAUUGGUCAGCACAGGUCUGUGGUUAAUGCAGAAGCUUAAGAAAUCAGGAUCCUUGCUGCAGCUCACCUUCAGAGAUCACGUUGAUCCGAGAAAAACAUUCCUCUACCUCCUGAGUCAGAAACCAGGGCUGCAGUACUUCAAGAAUGUGGUGUUGGUCGCGUCUCCACAGGACCGAUAUGUUCCUUUCCACUCAGCCAGAAUAGAGAUGUGCACGACUGCCCUAAAAGACAGAUCUACAGGGCCUGUUUACACAGAGAUGAUCAACAACCUCCUGCAGCCAGUCGUGGAGGCCAAAGAGUGCCUACUGGUCCGGCAAAAUGUGUUUCACGCCCUGCCAAACACGGCCAACACACUGAUUGGCCGUGCUGCCCACAUCGCUGUCCUGGAUUCUGAGCUCUUCCUGGAGAAAUUUUUUUUGGUAGCUGGGCUCAACUACUUCAAAUAGAAGUGGUAGCACCACAGAUUACCAGGACCUAUACUGACUAUGGUCAAGGGUCUGAAUUUGGAAAAUAAGGACCUCACAUUACUCUGUACAGUACAUAUUACGAAUGUGAAAAAGGUCAGACCUGUAAAUCCUACCUUUUAGCCUUUUUAGCCAUUGUUAUAAAAUAAUUUGUAUGUUGUGACUGUUUCUGUUGAAAACUCAGAUGUCUGAGUGUGAUGUGUAGCUAUCCAACACGAAACAUCUGAGAGUGAUGACCAGAUAAAUUAAAUAUGUUUUGUUUGCCUUAUAAGUAUAUUCUCAGUCAGAAACACAAACAGAAUCAAAUUGUGUUCCUUGCUUUCCCUUUAGACCUCAUUUAGAAAAUUCUGUUUCGCUGUUUGAUUAAUUCUUUAGGUAAGGGUUACACCAAUGUUAGUCUUUACACUGUCCAUAGAACCAAGGCAAUAGAUGUGCAGCAUUUAACCCUUUGAUUGUACAUGGAGUAUAUUGUACAGAAAACAGCUUAUCCUUUAUACGAAACAAAUAUAUUGUUUAAAAUUAUUUAUUUUUAUGUAUCUGCAUUGUAAGUAGUUCUUCUAAAUAUAAACUUCUGUGUCCUUGUCUGAAACCGAUUGACGACUAACAAUGUAUUGUCCAAUGUGGGCAGAGGCAGGUUGGCAUGUAGCUAAAAAUGUACUUCAUUCAUACAUUACUUCCAUAUCAACUAAACCAAGCGUACCUGUCUAUAUAUUAACCUUGAGCAAAUGUGUGUUUUUCUAUAUUUGUUCUUAAUGAGAAAUUGCAUUCCAAAAGAUUUUUGCAUUGUCUAAUUGGCUAACUGAUCCAAACCCACACCAGACAAUGAAACACUUCAAACCACCAAGUGCAAAGAAAGUGCUAGGAACCCUUUUCAAAGCCACAUUUAUUAGAUGCUGCGCUUUUGAAAAUGUUAUGAAUAAAAAAAACAGUAAAGUUUUAAAGAAUGUAAUAAUUCUAAAAUUAGCAUUAAAGUUCCUAGAUAAUAAUGUCCUUUGUGUACUGGUGCUUACAAAGGACAGGGCUUAGAUCAUUUAUAUAUAUAUAUAUAUAUAUAUAUAUAUAUAUAUAUAUAUGUAUGUAUGUAUGUAUACAUACACACACACACACACACACACCCACUUACUGGUCAAAAGUUUUA